AUGCUGGAUCUGACCGGAUCCGAAACUUCGUUACGGCUCAUUGUGUCUUCAAUCCACACACCAACAACUGGCAUUUCUAAAUUUCUUGAUCGACUACUUCAACCAUUAUUUGAUAAACAUGCUCGUUCAACUACAGUUAUUGAUGGUGUUGAUAUCAUUCGCCGUCUCAAAACAUAUGUUACAAAUGGUUAUUUAAAGCCAACUACAUAUUUAUGUACAUUUGACAUUACAGAUUUAUAUACGGUAUUAUCUCAAGAAGAAUCUCUCAAGAUCUUAACUGAAUCUCUGUUGAAACAUGUACAUUCUGAAACUUUCAGAUAUCCGCCAAGAUUUAUACAUAGUCAAAUCAAAACAUUUCUCAGUGAGAAUGACAUCAAAUGUCCAGUGGUACCGCAAAUGCAAGAUGAUCAUCAAUUUCAUAUUGUACGUCAUCAACUACUGAAUAAACCAACCGUUCAAGCAAUGGCAUUACAAUCUCGUGUGUUCAAAAUAACAUAA